AAUUUGCAGCAGGCUCCCGCUGAUAACAACAACAACAUUCCUAUUGGAAAUAUUGCCAAUCAAAGAGAGAUGCCGGGAACAAACAGCGCGGCAAACAACGUACUUCCUAUUGGAAAUAUGGCAAUGCAAAGAGAGAUGCAGGGAACAAGCAGCAGCAGCAGCAGCUCUACAAACAACGUAGUCGCAGCACCAGUUCCUCGUGUUUCUCAAACUAAUGCACGUGCAAAUCGUGAGCGUGCUACGGAUCAACGAGGGGUAGAUAUUUUAGAAAAAUUAUUCAAUAUAUAG